CAUAAAGAUGUCAGUCAUUAUUGGGACCACUGUUGGUGACUUGUUGAUUGAUCUGUUCAUCGAGAAAUGCCCAAAGACCUGCCUGAAUUUUCUGAAGCUAUGCAAGAUCAAAUAUUACCAUAAUUAUCUCUUCCACACGGUCAAUAAAGAUUCUAUAGCAGUGACCGGCGAUCCAACUGGCACAGGAACCGGUGGUGACUCUAUUUUCAAAUUACUUGAUGAUGCUGAGGGUGAGCAGUUUUUCGAUAAUGAGAUUCAUCCAGACUUGAAUCACUUUGGGAAUGGCCAGUAUGGGAGCAAAUCAGAAUGCAUCUCAGUUCUAUAUCACUCUGUGUGAUAAUUUGCAUUCCUUUGAUGGGAAGCACACUGUGUUUGGCGUGGUGGUUGAUGAGGGUCGAGACACUAUGUCUCAGUUAAAAGAAUCUUCCGUUAAUAAAGAACACAGGCCUUAUAAACCUAUUAUGAUCAUUGGCAUGGAAAUCAUUGAUGAUCCGUUUGAUGAUCCUCCCAAGCUGGCUCAGUUGAUACCUGUUUCAACUGAUGAGGAAGGUGAUUCUGUUUCAACUGGUGGUUCAACCGAUGAGGAACAUGAGUUACGAGUUUGCCUUUGGAAUCAGAAACUUAAGGGGUCAGGGCCUUACUCUGCAGCUAUAAAGAAAGUAGAGAAAGAAGUUGAGGAUCUCGCCAAGAAGAUCAACUAUCUCUGUGAUACCGAUACUGGGUUAGCUCCUUCCAGUCAAUGGGAUCUCGCAUCUGAUAAGCGGAUGAUUAAAGAGGAAAUUUUGCCGUUGGCCUUGGCGAUAAAGUUUCUCCCUCGGAAAUGCAGCUUGUCGCAUGCGCGUUGGAAGUAUCAGAUACAGAUUCCUCUACCUCCAAAAAUCGAUCAUCGUGUGACCAUGAUGACUGUCGAAGAGAAACCUGAUGUAACAUGCAAUGAUGUUGGUGGCUGCAAGGAGCAGAUUGAGAAGAUAAGAGCGGUCGUUGAACUUCCAAUGCUUCACCCGGAGAAGUUUGUGAAGCUUGGAAUAGAUCCUCCCAAGGGCGUUCUCUGCUACGGUCCUCCUGGUACCGGCAAAACCCUUCUCGCUAGAGCUGUUGCCAACAGAACCGAUGCUUGCUUUAUCAGGGUUAUUGGCAGUGAGCUUGUUCAGAAGUAUGUCGGCGAAGGAGCUAGGAUGGUUCGUGAACUGUUUCAGAUGGCACGGUCCAAAAAGGCUUGCAUUGUGUUCUUUGACGAAGUUGACGCCAUUGGCGGUGCUAGAUUUGAUGACGGCGUAGGAGGUGACAACGAAGUCCAGCGUACUAUGCUUGAGAUUGUGAAUCAGCUUGAUGGGUUUGACGCACGUGGUAACAUCAAGGUUCUUAUGGCAACAAACAGGCCUGACACGCUGGACCCUGCUCUUCUACGUCCUGGACGUCUUGACCGUAAGGUUGAGUUUGGGUUGCCUGAUCUGGAGAGCAGAACACAGAUCUUCAAGAUUCACACAAGAACCAUGAACUGCGAGAGAGACAUCCGUUUUGAGCUCCUUGCUCGCCUCUGCCCAAACUCAACUGGAGCUGAUAUCAGGAGUGUGUGCACUGAAGCUGGAAUGUAUGCAAUCAGAGCUAGGAGAAAGACGGUGACUGAGAAAGACUUUCUGGAUGCAGUGAACAAAGUCAUCAAAGGUUAUCAGAAGUUCAGUGCAACCCCCAAGUAUAUGCCCCAUUACGUUUAGAGAGAGAGAGAGAAAGCGACUUUACUAAUGUCCUAAAACAAAUAAAACUUAGAAAACACUCGUCACCCUUUGUGUCUCUCUUACACUCGAUCUCUCUUUUGCAGUACCUUUUUCAGUUCCAGUAACUCCGUUGUGUUCUACAAUAAUGUCCGAUACUUUUUGAUUCCUUAAAUUCUCAUUUUAGUCUUAUUAUGGACUAUAUAUGAACCUUUACCUUUU